CGGGAAUUUCAAUCACGAUGAAAACCAGAGAAUAACGUCGAAAGAGUAGGAUACCGAGGAAGGAGGAAAGACGGAGAUCAGUGAAACGAACAGGUUCGUUCCUGCAACAUAUCGUCAUCGUCGUUCAGAAGGAGAGAGUGCUAAGAAAGUAUUUGAAUGGAAGGACAAAGUCCUUGAUUGUAUCUCGUCGAAGAACCUUUGCCGGUAGAGAGAGAAGAAGUACUGGGGGAGGAGGGGGAAAACUUUUUUUUUUUUUUGUCUGGUUGUGUUCCAUUUCUAGGGUUUUAAAGGGAAAAUGGACACCGUCCAGUCCUCUGAUACUGUGAUGGCAGAGGCUGCACCCCCACCGGAGCCGCCUCCCCAGGCAGGGGUGAUUCACCCCGGAAUCGAAAAUAUCCCGGCAACCCUAAGCCACGGCGGACGGUUUAUACAGUACAAUAUAUUCGGAAACAUUUUUGAGGUAACCGCGAAAUACAAGCCUCCUAUCAUGCCCAUCGGGAAGGGAGCUUAUGGUAUCGUAUGCUCAGCUAUGAAUUCGGAGACAAACGAGCAAGUAGCAAUUAAGAAAAUCGCUAACGCGUUCGACAACAAAAUUGAUGCUAAGAGGACGCUUCGCGAGAUAAAGCUUCUUCGCCACAUGGAUCAUGAAAACGUUGUAGCAAUCAGGGAUAUAAUUCCACCACCUCAAAGGGGGAUUUUUAAUGAUGUUUAUAUUGCAUAUGAGCUGAUGGACACUGACCUGCAUCAGAUAAUUCGUUCCAAUCAAGCAUUAUCUGAGGAGCACUGUCAGUAUUUCCUGUAUCAGAUCCUCCGUGGAUUGAAGUACAUACAUUCCGCCAAUGUUCUGCACAGGGACUUGAAGCCUAGCAAUCUCCUCUUGAAUGCUAAUUGCGACUUGAAGAUAUGUGAUUUUGGGCUAGCUCGUAUUACGUCAGAAACUGAUUUCAUGACGGAAUAUGUCGUUACAAGAUGGUAUCGAGCACCGGAGCUGUUGCUAAACUCAACAGAAUAUACUGCUGCAAUUGAUGUUUGGUCGGUAGGCUGCAUUUUCAUGGAGUUGAUGGACCGGAAGCCUUUAUUUCCUGGCAGAGAUCAUGUGCACCAGCUUCGUUUAUUAAUGGAGCUGAUUGGAACUCCAACUGAGGCUGAUUUAGGGUUUGUGAAUGAAAAUGCAAAGAGAUACAUUCGGCAACUUCCUCGUCACAUUCGACAAUCAUUCACCGAAAAGUUUCCACAUGUUCACCCUGCAGCUAUUGAUCUUGUUGAGAAGAUGCUAACAUUUGAUCCUAGGCAGAGGAUCACAGUUGAGGAAGCGCUUGCACAUCCCUACUUAGCAUCACUUCAUGACAUCAGUGAUGAGCCUAUCUGUUCGACUCCUUUUAGCUUCGAUUUUGAACAGAGUGCACUGACAGAGGAGCAGAUGAAGGAUUUAAUCUAUGGUGAGGCUUUAGCAUUUAACCCCGAGUUUCUGCUUAAUUUAUGAGUCAUCAUGCCCUCUCAGUUCCCCUCCAUAUGGUCCUGGCUUCUUGUAUGUUGUGCAAUUGAUUUUGUUGAUGUAUAUAUGUGAUUCACAUGUUGGCUUGCCCUGGAAUUGUAUAAUCUGAUGAUGGGGCAUGAAAUUUGAAGAUCCAUAGAAUUGCAGGGUGUCUGUAUGGAGGUGCUUGCAUUAUUUACUACAAUUAGGGACCCUUUUAUGUUGACAAGACUCUGAAGCUCAAUUAUCACCAACAUGGCAAUUUUAAGUUAGAACGACAGCUAGGUAUCGUUUGAUUUUUACAAAUGAGAUCUUGGCUAGGAUGUAAUUAUGCUCAGUGAUUGGUGUUGCCUCUCAAGGCAAGAUAUGUUGGGCCUGUUCGAGAGGAAUUCUUAGGUUUUUGUAUUUAUCCAUUAUCUCAUUAGUAGGUGAUGAUGCUUUAGUAAUUGGAUUAAAUGACCGUCUGGUUAUUGUUUUGGUGUUA